UUCAAAAUAAAAGUCCUCAAUCGACACGGAUAACUCCCAGAUUCACCCUUUCUUUCCCUAUUUUAUCCCUCCCUCUUCAAUCAAACCGCACCCUAGAGACCGAUCUCUAACAGGAGUAGAGAGAAGAAGGUGUGAUUAGUAAAAUAUGGCUGAUGAAAGGAGAGUGCAUCCUGAUUGCAUAAAUGCGUCGAAUCCUUACCACGAAUGUGUCGAAUAUUGCUUUAUAAAAAUCGCAGAAGCGAAAGCACGUGCGGAGAUUAAAGAGACAGAAGUUGUGCAAGCUAAAGGUGGAAUUGGUUGGUCCAGUUCACAAGCUCCUCAGCAAGGUGAAGAGCUUGAUGAAGAAAGACCAGAUCAUGAACAUUCGGAAGAUGAUGAUGACCAUGCUGUACUGUAUAAUGUGGAGGGAGAUGUUACACAACUUACUGGGAGAAAGAAAAAGUUGUUUGAGUUGAGACUUAAGAUGAAUGAGGCAAGAAAAGCCAAUCAAACUGCUAUGGUAUCUGAAAAAAAGAAAAUGGAAGCUCCUUCAGAAUCAAGGGGCAUUUCUAAACAGAAAUGGCUAGAGGACAGGAAGAAAAAGAUAGGCAAGCUUCUAGAUGCAAAUGGCUUGGACAUGACAACGGCAUACAUGCUAGACACACAAGAGGCAGCAGAGGCAAAAUACAAGAAAUGGGAGAAGGAUCCUGCUCCAUUUGGUUGGGAUGUUUUCAAUCAGAAGACGCUAUACAAUGCAUAUAAAAAACGGACCAAGAAUGUUGAUGUUGACCUAGAAGAAUAUAACAAAAUGAAAGAAGCUGAUCCCGAGUUCUACCGUGAAGCCUCAAGCCUUCAAUAUGGAAAGGCUCCUAAGAUUUCUGAGGACAAGAUUGAAAGGAUGGUAAAGGAACUCAAGGACCGGGAUGAGAAUCGGAAGUCAUUUAGCCGAAGGAGGAGAUUCCGAGAUGAGAAGGAUAUUGACUCAAUCAAUGACCGAAAUGAACAUUUCAACAAGAAAAUUGAGCGUGCCUUUGGUAAAUACACACUGGAGAUCAAGAAUAAUCUUGAGCGAGGAACUGCAUUGCCUGACUAAGGUUCUCUUCAAACAGUUUGAUUAUGAAAUUCAAGGGGCUGAUGAUACACGGCAGUUGUUGAAACAGACUAAGAAGUACUCUCCAUAACUGGAGUCGAGAUUUUUGCUAUUUUGUUGUAAUUUGAUUAAAGUACUUAGCCAUAAAAUAGCGGUGAAUUAUGUAGGUUGAAUCUUCUAGCGACGCAGAUUGGCAUUCCAUGCCACAAUGAAUGUCCAUACCUUGUCUAAAUAUACAGUUAUUUAUGUUUUUGCUUAAGGUAACAAAGAAUAGGGGCUGUUUUUGGAUCCUCAAUCCUGUU